AGCUGUCCGUGCUUUCGUUUGGCGGGGAGGAGUUCAAAUACAUUCUGUACAUUUUGACGCGUCAUUGCGACGUCAACAUUUUACCGGGUAAGACGGUCACGCUCGGGGUCUUGGCCUUUUUCUCCUCACCAGGAUGGGCGUAAGGCUGUCUGUAGAAGACGAGCUGGAGCAAACGUUGGAGGUGCUGUCAGCAGUCAGUGGUCCAUUCUGUUGCAAUUUGGUUGGGUUGGCGGUGAUUCCGAAUGAUGCGGAUGACAGCAGGCAGCUUGCAGAUGACAUCCUGCAGACACAAGAUGUUCCUCUGUGUGCGGCACAAAUUGGCACCGAGCUCCAGAAGCAGUUUGCCACACUGCCAGGGGGCCGCGGGCCUGAUGGCAGUCCCAUCAUCAUCUUCCCAGAAUUCCCAUCUUUCAGCGAGCUGGAGGAGGACGAGGUCCAAAAUGUCCUCGACUACCUCACCAGUGUCCCCAGCGUUGCCGCAUCAGGGGUAGGAUUCAUCCUGGUCAUCGACAGGCGGCUGGACCGAUGGGCCGCUGUCAGGGCUACCCUGCUCCGGAUUGCGGGCUCCUUUCCAGAGAAUGUAAAUGUAAACUUGGUCCUGGUGCUGCGUCCCACUACUUUGCUCCAGCGGGCACUGGCGGACUUCCUCUUCAAGUUCAACAAGGAUGAGUUCAAGAUGAAGGUGGUCAUGCUGAGUUCGGUGACCGAGCUCCAUGCCUACAUAGACCCAGGACAGCUGACCACAGAAUUGGAGGGCGCGCAGGAGUACUGCCAUGAAAGCUGGAUUUCACACCGCACUGCCAUUGAAGCGUUUGCUCUCAUGGUGAAGACAACAGCUCACACUCUGCAGGCCUUUGGCACCGAGCUUGCAGAGACAGAAUUACCCAACGACGCAGAGGCCACCACCAGUCUGCUACACUCCCACGCCCUAAAGAAGGACAAAAUGAAGGAGGACCUGCAGGUGGCGCUGUCUCAAGGAGGCCGCCUGUUGCAGUGCAUCAAUGAGCCUCUACAGACUGAGCCAGACUACAACAUGACCCACGACGAGCUGGAAAAUUUAGCCACUGUACAGCGACUCCUAGGUCAGCUGGAUGAGACUGAGACGGCAUUUGACGAUUUCUGGGAGCGCCACCGCACCAAACUGGAGCAGUGCCUGCAGCUUCGCCAUUUCGAGCGGCACUUCCGUGAAGUCCGCUCCCAGCUUGACGUGACAUCAGAGCGGCUAUGCGGUUUCUCGGAGGUCAGCGUGAGCCCCGCCCAUGCCGAGCACGUCCUCCGAGAGCUCAGCAGUCAGGAGGAGAAGGCCUGUGACGUUCUGGACUACGCCUUGUCGCUGGCCAGAGAAGGCGACGGGCUAAUCGAGAGCUCCCACUAUGCCGAGGACUCGAUUCGGCCCAAGUGCAGCGAGCUGAGAGGAGUGUGCGAAGAGAUCAGCUCCACUCUGAGGAACAAGAAAAGCUGCCUUUUAACAGCCAUGGAGCUCCACCAUGCUCUGGAGAAGGCUUCCCGUUGGUGCGAAGAGGGCAUCUUUUUGUUGGCGAGCCAGCCCGUGGACCGAUGUCAGUCUCAGGAUGGAGCGGAGGCAGCCCUGCAAGAACUGGAACGAUACCUGGACACUGCCCUGCUCCACACCCUUGUCGACUGCAGUGCCAUCUGCUGCCAGUAUGAGGCAGUGCUCACGCCUCAACUCAGGGACCAGGUCGAGAGAGUUUUCCAGAAGCAAAGCUCCGUCCAGGAGAUGUUUGAGAAGAGACGCAUCAGCCUGAAAAAACUUGCCGCCAAACAGACACGUCCAGUGCAGCCCGUGGCACCGAGACCGGAAGUCAAGUCCCCGCAGGCAUCUCCGAAUCAACAGAGGAAAGAGAGGAGGUACUCUGCAGAUAAUGCCCUCUGCAAAAAGGUGGAGUCUCCUGUACACAUUGGCGGCACCAGGCAUGCCUCCCUCUCAGAGGAGGAAGAAAACCUGGCUGUGCUGCGACGCCAUGUGAUGAAUGAACUGCUGGAGACGGAGAGAGCAUAUGUGGAGGAGCUUCUCUGUGUUUUGGAGGGCUAUGCCGCCGAGAUGGACAACCCCAUCAUGGCUCACCUCAUUCCCAGCACGCUGCUGAGCAAGAAGGACAUCCUCUUUGGGAAUAUGUCUGAAAUCUACCAGUUUCACAAAAGGAUAUUUCUGAAGGAACUGGAGGCAUACACCGACUGCCCUGAACUUGUGGGCCGCUGCUUUUUACAAAGAAUGACGGACCUGCAGAUCUACGAGGCGUACUGCCAAAAUAAACCUCGCUCUGAGAGCUUAUGGAGACAGUGCUCGGACUGUGCCUUCUUCCAGGAGUGUCAAAAGAAGCUGGAGCAUAAACUUGGAUUGGACUCCUACCUCCUCAAACCCGUCCAGAGAAUCACCAAGUACCAGCUGCUGUUGAAGGAGUUGAUCAAAUACAGCAAAGGUUGUGACGGCUGCAGCGACCUCCAGGAAGCUCUCUCCUCCAUUCUUGGCAUCCUAAAAGCAGUCAAUGACUCCAUGCACCUAAUCGCCAUUACAGGAUAUGAGGGGAACCUCUCGGAGCUGGGUCGCUUGCUGAUGCAGGGCUCCUUCAGCGUGUGGACCGAGCACAAGAAAGGCCAUGCGAAGGUGAAGGACUUGGCCAGGUUCAAGCCCAUGCAGAGGCACCUGUUCCUGCACCAGAAGGCCCUGCUCUUCUGUAAGAGGAGGGAGGAGAACGGCGAGGGAUACGAAAAAGCUCCAUCUUACAGCUUCAAACACUCGCUUAAUAUGAGCGCAGUGGGAAUUACAGAGAGCGCUAAAGGGGACAACAAGAAGUUUGAGAUUUGGUGUAAUUCAAGAGAGGAAGUCUUUAUCGUCCAGGCUCCAUCGCCUGAAAUCAAAACAUUGUGGGUGAAUGAAAUCCGCAAAGUUCUCACCCAACAGCUGAAAGCCUACAGAGACGCCAGCCAGCACAAGAGCGGUGACUCUCCAACCCACACCAGCAACAGCUCCAUCUCCCUCAGCCCUUUUUGGAGCAGCAGUCAAAGGAACCAGAAAAAGCAAGAGGAGAAGAAGGCGGAGGCUAGCCCCACGUCCGACACCAACUCUUCCCCCAGACACAAAGAUGAGACGCUGACGAGUCCCAACACGGACAGAUCCUCUGUGGCUAAAAAGCGAUUUACUUUGCAGGGCUUCAAGAGUCCAAAAGCCUUGAGCCCCGAGCACAGUGCCAAGCGCAACUUGGUCAAGAGUGACCCAACGCCGCUUGGGCUCCGAGGUUGGACCAAGACGUCUCUGUCGGUGGACGCCUCUGAGGAGAAUGAUGACUACUCCAGCGGAGAGGAGCCAUUGAACUCUGACCCCGAGGACGAUGGAGCGCAGAAGCUGGUUGCAGGCAAGUACACGGUGGUAGCAGACUGUGAGAAGGCGGGACCUCAGGAGCUGUCAGUCAAGAGUGGAGACGCGGUGCUGCUGAUCAGAGAGGGAGAGGAGGGGCAAUGGUUUGUGAAGAACCUUCGCAGCAACAAGGAGGGCUGGCUGGCACCAGCCAACUUACUGGGCCUCAUCUCCGAGUCCAAGUCAUCUCAGUCACUCAGCAGCUCAGAUGACAGCGUCUCUGGGAACAUCAGCACCUCGUCCAGCUGCAGCGAGACCUACACCAGCUAUUCCGACAUCAAACCCUGACCUGCGCGCCGCCGCACUUUGCUGCAUUUCAACCGGGGAAAACCAAAAGUGUCGCGGUGUCUUGUGUUUUUGAUACCACAGUCUUGUCUGUGUUUAACUAUGUAGCAUCGGCACGGACAGUUUAAGAAGGCCUGCGCUAGAUUUCCCGCGGCCCGCUGAUGUCAAAGUGAGUCACGACAAAGCCAGUGAAACGGCCAUGUUUGAUUCCCACUGUGAAAACUGCCAUCAAGUCUGCCACGAGAGAAAAUCCAUCGCUCUGGAGAUCAGCUCAGAGUUACAUAGUCCACUAAAGGCUACAAAAUUGCAUUAAUCUCCAACCUGACGGCCAGCUAGGCGUGUGUAAGGUAGGAGACGUGGACCUUGUUCCUUUGUCGGGCUCGCCUCUCUCAGCUGCUCUGGAUUAACUCCAGAGGAAACCUUGGGUUGGCAGGUGUGACGACAUUCCUGCCCCACUAGGACUAAAGUCUAUAGUGUGCCCGUCAAACACGUUCUCGGCCUAAACUAAACUUCACAUUGGUGGAGUGUCAUGAAGUGGAUUGUUUCCGCUCCUCCACUGAGAAAUGCAGUUAGCUUCAACUACUUCCCAUUAUCUGAGACUAUCCCCCCCCCCCCCCCACUCAUGACCACUGUUGCUUACCUAUCUCUGGCCUGGAUUCAGGGAACAAAAGCAGGCUUUGUCCCAGCCCAGCUCAGGCAUGCGAUAGUCGUCACUUCCAUCCAAGCAACCGGAAAUCCGACCUGCUCAGCUUGUUUGCACCUUCAGCGUCAGGCGGCUUUGUCUUUAUCAGAGUACAGCUGACGAGGUUUAAAUUGUACGGUUGAAGAUGACGACUCACUUGCAAGAACCACCCAGGAACCUUUUCAUCACCUCGUGUUAUAACCGUCCAUUUCCUAGUGAACUCACAAAGCAAUCUAUUGGCAGCCCCACCUGGCUCUUAUUUGUCCCUUUUUUUUUUUUUGUUUUUUUUAUUAAAAACCACUUAAAGCUAUUAUUGUUCCCUUGUCUUCACAAAAAGGUACAAACCAGCGGAUCUCAAAAACGAGGCUUUUCUUGCCGUGUCGGUCAGUGUAACACGGAAUUGUGUGUUGCUUUUUUGUACAAAUGUGUUCUCUGUGUUUACCUCACAUGUAUUCCUCCAUAAGAGCAUGCUAGUCAUGAAGAGGAUUGUUCUGUGUGUGUUUAUUGAAAGCUGACACGGGCACUCAAACUUGUCAGUGUUUGGAUCACAUUCACGCAAUUAUUUGUACUUUUUGAGGCUGGAGAAAUUGGUAAUAUAUUGUAGUUUAUUUUUUAUGCAGCACAUUGCAGCAACCACGGUCUUUAUUUUCCUACUGUAUAUCUGCUGAUUAUGGUAUUAAUAUAAAGGUGUUUAUCUGUGUACAUUUGUAAAUAUGUAAUUCUUUAUUGUAUGCAAAAUCAGAAGCAGCUUUAAUAAAGUCUGAGAUGAUU